CCUAGGCUAGCUAGCCAUCUUGACAAGAAUGAGGGAGGUAGCUGUUCGGAAUUUCAGUUCCCUGAAGUGUAAACUAGAGACGAUUUAUUCUUGGAAAUGGGUUACAUAUACCUUUGAAACGAGUGUUAGUAUUGAAUCGUUUUAAGUUCGUAAGUCAAGAGGGGAGAGGUGACUUGUUCCGAGAGAUGUCUUACAUACUUGUCCCAACGUAAAGGGAGUGUUGUUGUAGCCAGCUAGCUAGUUGAGUGGAGAGGUACGGGCCCGCUUCACAGUCUAAAGUAGCUGCCGCAGCUGGGCAACUAUCUGCGACAGCCGCCAUCUGACAACUGCGGGGUCCGGACAUUACUUUACUGAACAGGCCAGUACGGACGGAUCAAAGCUUUGGAUCAGUUAUCGAAGUACUACUUCUAUUGGCAAACGCUGGGCUUGGAAGGGUUGGUCUUCAAUGUUAUGAACUCGUAAAAUGCAACAGGAGACGAGAGGAGGAAGGAACAAGGAUGACUCAUACUCCUCUUGAUAAUAGUUUAAAAAACUUCCAUCGAUGCAAAUUCGCUGUUUCAGAUAGCCAGUUGUCAGCUGAUAUUAGCUAACUCACUUGCUUUUAACGCGAGACAUUUAGACGGGAGUUGUGAACGCAGGCUCUCAAAAUGUCUAAAAUGCCGGCUAAAAAGAAAAGCUGUUUUCAGAUCACAAGUGUGACACAGGCUCAGGUGGCGGCCAGCAGUGCCACGGACGACACGGAGAGCCUGGACGACCCAGACGAAUCACGGACUGAAGACGUGUCGUCGGAAAUAUUCGACGUGUCCCGGGCUGACUUCGAGCCGGAGGUAUGUGAUCGAAGUUCGUCUGAGGAAACCCUAAACCAUGUAGGGGAGCAAGAGGCACCUGGCGUUAUGGUCCCACCGCGUAGUGUACCUAAAGUUGGGCAGAUACCUGCAAUGUCGGGGCCUCCAAAUGAAGGUUUUGCUAUUCGAAAGGCAGGAGUGGCAGGCUCGCCUCAUGUUAGCCAGCAAACACUGGGAAGUGGUUCGUCAAGCGGCCUCCCUAUUGCUCAGUCCGGGCUCAUGCCACAGCCUGCCCCAGUGGCCAGUUGGGGGGCUACAACAGUGUCAGUGAGCACAUCCCAGCCAGUAGUGACUAGUUUAACCCCUACUUCUGCUAUGUCAUCGACAGCAAGUUGCAGUUCACGUUUCAGGGUCAUCAAACUUGACCAUAGUACUGGAGAGCCCUUCAGAAAGGGCCGAUGGACUUGCACAGAGUUCUAUGAGAAAGACUCGGAGGGUAACACUGUGGUUAACAGGACUACGGAUAAUAUUAGACAUGCCAAUGCGUUUGACCCCAGUGCUGACAGGGACAGUGGGCUGGGGUUGACGGGUGAUACGGUGGUUGCACCGUCGACUCACUCCGGCCAGGGCCUAGACUCCAUAGUGGAUGCUGCUGCUCUUAAUGCCUUGCACGUUCACCCAAUGGACACACUGCAGCAGCAGCCUCACCACCAAAACUACAACAUGGGGCAGCCUGGAACGGCCACACACAACACUUUCCCCACCAACAACCUCAUGGCUGUCCCAGGUCAGCAGCCAACGCUGAGUACUAUCCAACCUGCUGCCAACCAGAACCUCUUUCCUGUGGGGCUCAACGGUCUUCCUCAAAGUGGCAUUCACAUACAGAAAUCCCCAAGCAUGACCCCUGCAGCCCAGACCCAGACGCUGGCUUACCCUCCCCAGCAGCAGGCCAUGCUACAGCAGCUUCCACUGGGACAGCACCUGCCCAACCAGCCCCCAGGCCUGCCCCAGAACCAGGCAGACUACUACCAACAGAACCAGCCGGGCAUGCAGGCAGUGGCCUCAACCGGCCAGACCCUCUAUGUGGGACAAACUGUGGGUCAGGGCCCUUCACUGGUCAUGACUCCCGCCACUGGGGUUCCGAUGCUGGGGCAGGUAGGGGGAGAUGGCAGCCGUGGGGGGGGGGGGGGGGGUUCUUUACCUGUCAGUCAGCCAGCUUCAGGCCUGAUGGGUGGAGGUGUGGGAGGUGUUGGGUCAUCCAUGGUACUGGGCGGAAGCGCUACUCUGCAACAGCUUGUAGGUCAGUAUACCCCCACGGGUAUUCGUCAACCCGUCGGCCUCCACCCUUCGCCCCCUGGCACCCAAAACAUGCCCACCAUUGUGCCCAGUGCCUCCAGCGCCACCACAUUAGCCCCCACCGCCAUGCCAAACCUGACUGCCUCCUUGUUGCCCGGGCAACAGGCCCGCGAUGGCAGGGGGGCGCAGGGCCUCCCGGCGGCUGGGUUCAGCCAUGUGGAGGAGGGCCAGCCUCCCGCCUUCUCUGAGAAAAACCUGAUGAAGAUCCCUGAGAGCCUGCAGCUGGCCAACAACCCCUCUGUGAACAGCCUGUUUGGAAUAGCCAUAGACGAGGACAGGACCCCCUCCAUGGUGUUCUACCGGGCCUUCCAGUCUGGCAGCAGGCUGCAGGACUCUAAGGCCCACAGUGAUAGUGCCUCUGGAGCCAGUGUUGUUGCCAUUGAUAAUAAAAUCGAACAGGCGAUGGACUUAGUGAAAAGCCAUCUGAUGUAUGCAGUGCGUGAGGAGGUGGAAGUGCUGAAGGAGCAGAUCAAGGAGCUGUUUGAGAGGAACUCCAUGCUGGAACAGGAGAACGCCGUGCUGAAAUCCCUGGCCAACAGCGACCAGCUGUCUGAGCUCUCCGUCCGGCCGCCCGCCACAAACUCCUCCUGCAGCACGCCUCCCCAGCAAGGGGUGGGCCAAGGCCAGCCUCAGCUCCAGGCCCAGCCUCAAAUGCAGCCUCCGCUCCAGGCCCAGCAAAUACAGCCCCAACCCCAGCUUGACGCCAGCCAUCCUUUGCUGCAACCGCAGCCCAACGGCAACUCCGCUUGAAGUGCAUCCUCCCCAGCAGGAGAAAAAAAGCAGAAAAGCACCCUCCAAUUAUUCUAAAUUAGCAUACGAAACAACAAAAUAUUUAUAUUGUCUUGUUCUCCACCAGCUUGGCCAUCACAACCAAGAGCAGUGCUUCUGUGCCUGUUUGGCUUUCCCAGUGUUAAUGCAAUCAUUGCGUGAGAGAGACUGGGGCUUUCCUUAUGGGGCGCCAUACUGAAGCCUGGACUGGUUGAGUGCUGUGGACCAGAUUC